AUGCUCGUGGCUAAAGUGAAAAACGUGUUGUCUGGGGACCAGAUUGUGCUUGUGCCGUCCAAGGCCACGGCAAUCCCCCCUCCCGAACGGCUUUUGACGCUCCAGGACGUCCGCGCCGACUCCUACGCCGCCAAAAAGUACGUCCACGACACGUUGAUCGGUAAGCUGGUCCAGUUUAAGGUAUCGUCCAAGGCUGCCACCCGGGAGUUUGGUGACGUGAAAACCCCGUUGUUUGACUCGCUUGUCAAGGACCUCUUAGAAAAGGGCCUUGCUCACGUCAAGGACAAUGUGCCUGACUCCGACGAAGUAUACGAAUUGAAGCAGAUCCAGGACCUGGCCAAGCACCAGGGUAAGGGCACGUGGUCUCUGCUGUACCUGGAACCCACCGAAGUUUCGAUCACCCCGGAAAUUGAGUCGAAGCUGAAGCUGUCGCCCCUCCCAUGUGUCGUGGAACGGGUAAUCUCCGGUGACAGAGUGAUGGCUCGCAUCAUUGUCUCCGAGACCGAACACAUUGUCACUGCCGUUUUAUUGGGAGGUAUCAAGUGUCCUCGUACCGACGAGCCUGCUCAACAAAAGAUUGCCAACUUGGCAAAGGUGUUUGUCGAGGACAAGUUGAUGACGACCACCUCGCCCAUCACCGUACUGAUCAUCGGCGAAUCUCAGCUGGGCGUUCCCAUCGGUAACUUCAACCACCCCCUGGGCAACAACAUCGCCAAGGCGUUGUUGGAUCAGGGUUACGCCGAAGUGGUCGACUGGCAACUGACGCUCGUGGGGUCUCAGACGAUGUCGCAAUACCGUAAGGCUGAAUUGACCGCCAAGGCGCUUGGCAAGGGGAUGUUUGCUCAACAGACGGCUUCUGGUGCCAAAGCUCCCCUGCAUACCGGUACCAAGGCUAAAGUAGCCGUAGGGGCCACCAUUGACGCCACUGUGGCCAAGGUUGUGUCUGCUGACACCUACGUGCUUAGACUAGCCGACGAUCUGGAAAUCACCGUGCAAUUGGCGUCGGUGCGGGCGCCUCGUCCUAAUGAUACCACCGCCGGCUCGUCGCAGGCGGCGCUUGUGGCUACGGCUAAGGAAUUCGCCCGUGAACGUACUAUUGGGAAGCCGGUUCAAGUUUACAUUGACGGUAACCAUGAGGCUAACCCGGAGCACGGUUUUGAUGCUCGAUUCAUGGUGUCGAUUAAGGUCGCUGGCAAGGACUUGCUGGAACGUUUAGUGAGCCAAGGGUUGGCCACCGUGCUCAGACACUCCAAGGCCACUGCUCACGAACGUUCGCUUAACUGGGACCGCUUGGUAGAGAUUGAAGAAGAGGCUAAGACGGCGAAGAAGGGUAUCCACUCCACAAAUAUCGAGAAAAUCCUCACCGUCGGCACGCGGGUGGUUGAUGCUUCGGAAAAUGCCACCAAGGCCAAAACCUUCUUCAACGGGUUUAAGCAAAAGGGCCGGAUUUCCGGAUACUAUGUCGACUACGUCCCCCUGACCAACAGAGUGCGGUUACUUAACCCUAAGGAAGGUACCAAGCUUGCCUUGAUUUUGGGUGGUUUAACUAACGACAAGCUGGGGCUUUUGAACGACGAAGGGGUGAAGCAAUUGAACAAGAAGUUGUUGCAACGUAACGUGGAGUUUGAUGUCUACGAUGCUGACAAGGUCGGCGGGUUCAUUGGUAACUUGUACAUCAACCAACAAGCCGCGACUCCGGUGCAAGUGAACUUGGUGGAAGAAGGGUUGGCAAAGCUUCACGACAUUGGUGUGGGCGCUAACCCAUUCGCUGAUAAACUUGAAGCUGCUGAGACUGCUGCCAAAAAUGCCAAACGUGGAGUGUGGGCUAACUACGACGCUAAUGCCGAGCAGGCCAAGCUUGAGCAAGCGCAAAGAUCGCUUGAAGAAAUGCUGGUGGCCGCCAAGACGCCCAAGUUCUUUGAUAUCGAAGUCGUUGACAUUGAUGGUCAGGGUGUGAUUUCGUUCCACAUGAUUGAUGCUGCGACUAGCGCCAAGUUCUCGCAGUUCAAGCUCGACUUCAAUCAGUUCCACCAACAACACCCGAGCUCGCUGCAAUCGUCAGUAAACCUCCCUUUCCAACUUACUAAGGGCCCGAAGAAGGGUGAGCUUGUCAGUGCUAAGUUCGAAAACGGGAAGUACUACCGGGCUAGAGUGCAGUCGUUUGACCGCACUACUGGUAAAUACUUGGUGAAGCACAUUGAUUUCGGUAACGUCGACGAAGUGCCGCUUUCGCUGUUGCGGGCGUUGCCGCCUCAAUUCAACACCGCGGCCUACCCUGCAUUUGCCCACUCUGCUGUGCUCAGCAAUGUUGACCUUCCUCCUUCUAAGCCGACUGACUACUUGACGGAGUCGAUCGAAGCUCUCGAGGACUUGUGCUUUGACAAGAAGUUGGUCCUCGGUGCUCUUCCUUCGACGGUGGCUGAGUACGAAGGUACCCUUUACGAUCUGGCCAACAUUAGUGAUCUCCUGAACACCAUCAAUAAGCAGUUAGUGGCCGACGGGUACGGGAUCGUCAAGAAGAACUGCCAAGACCAGGACCUCAUCAAGGCCCAAGCGCAAGCGAAGCGCGAUCAUGUCGGUUGUUGGGAAUUCGGUGAUGUUACUGCUGCUGAUGAUGACUUUGCCUAA